AAAAAAAAAAAUAGAUAAUAAUAAUCAUAAAACACGAUUGUUUUAUUGCAAUUAAAUUUUUUUUUCUCAACUAAUUGACAAUGACAUUUAAGCCCACUAUUACAGAGGCCCCCUUUGCUGACAAUCUAAGCCGACAUUCAUCUACAUCUCAACGAGUACCAAUAGCUGAAGAAAAGGAUAUAUUAAGUCCCGAAGAAGAAGAAUUAAAAAGACAAGAAAGUGAAUUAAGUCUUGUAAAGGACUUGAGAAACUCAUCAGAUUGGUAUGAAACCAUUUCUCAUGGUCAUCUAAGUCCUUCUGCAAAACAACAUUCUUUGACGGCUCAUUCGCUUCGGGGUCCUCAUAAAAUCUUGCGUCGACCACUUAAAUUCUUCAAUAAGGAUAAAACAAUGUGUAUUGUCAUUUUACAUGUUGGUGAUCACUUAUGUGAUAAGAAAGAAAGAAUCCAUAAUGGUUUAUUGGCUGCUUUACUUGAUGAGCAUUUAGCAUUUGUGACUUUACCUAGUUUACCAAAUUAUACUGGUUUUACAGCUAAUCUAAAUGUGGAUUAUCUUAAUCCUGUUGCUCCUAACCAAUGGCUUAUUGUACGCGGUAUCCUAAAUAGAGUAGAAGGCAGAAAGGCCUAUGCAGAAGCUUGGAUAGAAAAUGUAGAUGGGGAACGAAUGGCAGAAGCCAAGGCCUUAUAUAUCAGUCCUAGAACACAAAAUUAAUUUAUACCUCAAGUCCUUUUAUUUUUUUUAUUUUUUUUGCCCCACAUGUAUAACAACUUUAAAUAAAAUAAAUAAAUAUUUAUAUAAAAAAAAGGAAAAAAAAAA